GAGCUCAGGUCGGAUUUCCUCCCAGGCUGGCGAUCGGCGGGGCUCCCACCUUGUCUUAGAGCUCGCCGCCGCCGCCCUGCCCCGCGCCUUCCGGACCCCGGGACCGACCAUGAUGUGGAAACGCUGGCUCGCGCUCGCGCUGGUGGCCGUCGCCUGGGUCCACGCCGAGGAAGAACUGAGGAGCAAAUCCAAAAUUUGUGCCAACGUAUUUUGUGGAGCUGGCCGGGAAUGUGCAGUCACUGAGAAGGGAGAGCCUACCUGUCUCUGCAUCGAGCAAUGCAAACCUCACAAGAGGCCCGUGUGUGGCAGUAACGGCAAGACCUACCUCAACCACUGUGAGCUGCACCGAGAUGCCUGCCUCACUGGGUCCAAAAUCCAGGUUGAUUACGACGGACACUGCAAAGAGAAGAAACUUGUGAGUCCAUCUGCCAGCCCGGUCGUAUGCUAUCAGGCCAACCGCGAUGAGCUGCGGCGUCGCAUCAUCCAGUGGCUGGAGGCAGAGAUCAUUCCAGACGGCUGGUUCUCCAAAGGCAGCAACUACAGCGAGGUCCUCGACAAGUACUUCAAGAACUUCGAUGAUGGUGACUCACGCUUGGACUCCAGUGAAUUCCUGAAAUUUGUGGAGCAGAAUGAAACCGCCAUCAACAUCACCACCUAUGCAGACAAGGAGAACAACAAGCUGCUUAGAGGCCUCUGUGUCGACGCGCUCAUCGAACUGUCUGAUGAAAAUGCUGACUGGAAACUCAGCUUCCAGGAGUUCCUCACAUGCCUCAACCCAUCCUUCAACCCUCCUGAAAAAAAGUGUGCGCUGGAGGAUGAGACCUAUGCGGAUGGAGCCGAGACCGAGGUGGACUGUAACCGCUGUGUCUGUGCCUGUGGGAACUGGGUCUGCACGGCCAUGACCUGUGACGGAAAGCAUCAGAAGGGGCCGCAGGUGCAGGAGGAGGAGGAGAUGACCAGAUACGUCCAGGAGCUCCAGAAGCACCAGGAGACAGCUGAGAAGACCAAGAGGGUGAGCACCAAAGAGAUCUAAGGGGGAGGCGCCAGGAACGGUGUCUGGACCACACCUUCUCUGCCACUUCAGCGCUGAGUCCAGGACACACGAGGGUCUGCUACAAUCGCUGAAUCACCAGUAUUUGCUUGUAUAGCAAUGACUUUUAUUUUGUUUAUGUGUUUUGCAAUAAAGGAAAUGGGGGUGGCUGGCUAGGAGGGGAAGGGUCAUAGCCUUCAUUUUUGGAGUGGUUUGGAGGAAGCUGUAAACGAUGCCCUGGGGCUGGAGGCAGGUCAGGAAAAUGCAUCAGAGUUGGGAGAAGAGCAGAGCCAGAUCUGAAGCCUUUCCGAGGCUGCAGGGAUGGCCUGCAAGGCCAGGCCAGAGAACUCAGCAGGCUGUCCCUGGAGGAGGGCUCUGGGAGGCUCAACAGGGAGGAACGCCUUCUGCUUCUGGCCCCUUCCAGUUGCACCAACAUCUGUCCUUCCCUUCUUGGUCCCAGCCGCUGCCUGGACCUCCACAGCCAUCCUGCUGGUUGCCCAGUGUCCCACAGGCUUGGAUGGAGUUGCCGGGAGGGUGUGCUCACAUGAUGGAGAUACUUGUCUACUUCAAGCCCCUUAGAGACCUAACCAAAUUUUUAAAAUACUUUUUACCAAAGGUGCUAUUUUUCUGUAAAACACUUUUUGUUGGCACGUUGACUUCAUUCUUCAAGUAUUAUCAUUAUGUUAUUGUUGUUUUUUUAAUAUUUUAUUUUCUUGGCUAGAUAUCGAGCUUUUGUAAUUAUUUUUCAGUAGUCCUACCAUUUCAAUGGUGAAAGGAGUUCUAUAAUCCAGAGCUUCCCAACCCUGCUCACUAGACCCAGUCCAGAGCCGGCCCCCCUGACUUCGAGCAGAUCAGCCACAUUUUAGGGGAGCAGGGAGUGCCUUGGACAGAAGCCAGGGGAGGAACAUGCAUCUUCAUUUAUAAAGCUUUCAGGAUCCAAAAACUUCCAUUUGUUUUCAUUUAUUCUGAGAGGUUCAGGCAAACCAGUAUUCCACAGCAUGGUGACAAACGCACCUGCCAAAUGAGCUCAUGGAGGACCUCUCGGAGCUGUGGCUCUGGCCCUGCCUCCCAGUUCAGGCCCUCGGGCUGCUCAGUGCAUGCAUUCACCUUUGGAUUUGAGAAAUCGUAAGCUCUGUGUGGUUCUGGUCAUUGGUGCAGGGGAAGACAGGUCCCCAUGCUUUUCCUUCUUUUCCUUACGGUAAAUGAAACCUUGUUGUUAGGACAUCAGAGGUCAGACAACCAAAGCCAGGAUGACCAACUCUGAGCUCACUGUCAAUGUUCCUGCAGGUGGGGCUCUGAUGCGGAGCCUUUGCUGGCCCAGGAAGAGAGUGGCAAAGAGAAGCACCCUACUCAGUCUCCAGCUUUGCAUUUCCUGUUUAACCUGAGUGGGAAACAAACGGCCUUUCCCCUUAGAGAUGAGGACAAAAGAAGGUUUCAGAUUCAAGGGAGCUAAAACACGGAGACUGAAUCUUAAAACUGUCACUUGGGAAAAGCCGGCCAUUCCAGUCAGCCCUGAGUCUUUUAGCCUCUCUGAUUAUUAGCUCGCUAUCAUGAUUAGGAGGCAUGUGGAAUAACAGAUUAAAAACUUGACGUAAGAGCUCACUGGCAAAGAAGCAGACUGCAGACCAUCAGCGGGGCAUUGAGCUUGGGCUGCCUAGGCAACGCUGAGAAACUCUCUCGUGCCGGAAAUGGAAUUCCUUUUAAAUAGUUUUCCUUGUUCUCAUUUGCAAGGAGAAAACUCCCUGCACUUGGUUUAGAAUUCUGACCUUUUCUGUAUCGUGCCACUUAAAAUCUCUCUUGGCACCCCACUUUGCAGUCUGAAAUGCAGCUCCCUGUCCCAGUGCCUUGGAACACUCCCAGCAGCACGCCUUAAUCAAAAGUUUUGCCAGCCCUUAGACGCUAUAAGAGAGGGCAGGGGGACCAGUUUGGUGAAAGCAAGCAGCACGGUGUCCCUUGGCCAUCUCAGCAGCAUUCAGUGUCUGUUCACAUUGAGAACAGCCGUUACCACCCAAAGCUCCGGCCCACCCUGCAGCAUUGAAUUCCCCAGAGCAAAUCCACAUUCCUCUUGAGUUCUGCUGCUUCUGUGUAAUUAGGGCAGCUGUGGUCUGCACUGUAGAUUCACAUGAUCUGAGAACCACUCGUGGAAAGCUGCUCCCUAGCCUAGUUUGGGAAGUCUUGCAUGGAGCAAACAGACAGGAUUAAAUCAGGUUCAGUUCCCUCAGCCCUGUGAAAGCACAGGGCAGAGACGGCCAGUCCCCUUGGGCUCUCUCCGUGUGUGUGGUUUUAUAAACAUGACGGCAUUGAGAUCCGUGUCCAUGGAAACCUGCCCAUGUGCUGUGACCCUGGACUCUUACAUCAUUGUCUCUGGCAAGCGAGGCUCCCCCACCUGCUACAAAGCCCGUGUGAGCCAAUCUGAAUGUCCUUCCUUUACACCCAUGUUCUUCAAUAGUCCAACUUCAGGAAACAAUUUGAACAGGGUUCUAUUGCCUGUGUGUUUGUGAAAACGUAUUUGUAUUUAGUAUGCUUCCAUAUUGCAUUUAACUUGUUCUUGUAACUCCUGAUUCUUUUUGUUACUAUUGAUAAAUAAAGAAAUUAAAAUAAUA